GAGCGCGCAGCCUGUAGCCGCGGUGCCGGCGGGCUGAGCUCUGCGAUCCCGGCCGGGGCGAGGCUGGCGGGCGGGUCGCGCGCCGCGGGAGCGAGCCUGAGUCUGGCCGCCCGCGGGGCUGCGGAGACAGUCGCCGGGCACUGAGGUUCCUAAGAAGGCUGCAGAGAGGACCCACUUGACUGCGGUGAUGGAGCGGGGCCCAGCGGUUUGCUGCCAGGACCCCCGCACAGAGUUGGUGGAGCGAGUGGCAGCCAUUGAUGUGGCCCACUUGGAGGAGGCUGAUGGUGGCCCAGAGCCUUCCAGGAAUGGUGUGGACCCUCUGCCACGGGCCAGAGCUGCCUCCGUGAUCCCUGGUGGGGUUUCAGGACCCACCCUAGUGCGGCCCAGCCUCUCAGCUAGGAAGUUCUCCUUGCAGGAGCGGCCAGCAGGAAGCUGCCUGGAGGCCCAGGCUGGGCCUUAUGCCACAGGGCCUGCCAGCCACAUCUCCCCACGGGCUUGGCGGAGGCCCACCAUCGAGUCCCACCGCGUGGCUAUCUCUGACGCAGAGGACUGUGUGCAGCUGAACCAGUACAAGCUGCAGAGUGAGAUUGGCAAGGGUGCCUACGGCGUGGUGAGGCUGGCCUACAAUGAAAGUGAAGACCGGCACUAUGCAAUGAAAGUUCUUUCCAAAAAGAAGUUACUAAAGCAAUACGGCUUUCCACGUCGCCCUCCCCCAAGAGGGCCCCAGGCUACCCAGGGAGGACCAGCCAAGCAGCUGCUGCCCCUGGAGCGGGUGUACCAGGAGAUCGCCAUCCUGAAGAAGCUGGACCAUGUGAAUGUGGUCAAGCUGAUUGAGGUCCUGGAUGACCCAGCUGAGGACAAUCUCUAUUUGGUGUUUGACCUCCUGAGAAAGGGGCCGGUAAUGGAAGUGCCCUGCGACAAGCCCUUUUCGGAGGAGCAAGCUCGCCUCUACCUGAGGGACAUCAUUCUGGGCCUUGAGUACUUACACUUCCAGAAGAUCAUCCACAGGGACAUCAAGCCAUCCAACCUGCUCCUGGGGGAUGACGGGCAUGUGAAGAUUGCCGACUUUGGCGUCAGCAACCAGUUUGAGGGGAAUGAUGCUCGGCUGUCCAGCACAGCAGGGACCCCAGCGUUCAUGGCCCCGGAGGCCAUUUCUGAUUCCGGCCAGAGUUUCAGCGGGAAGGCAUUGGAUGUGUGGGCCACUGGGGUCACGUUGUACUGCUUUGUCUAUGGACAGUGCCCGUUCAUAGACGAUUACAUCCUGGCCCUGCACAGGAAGAUCAAGAAUGAGGAUGUGGUGUUUCCCAAGGAGCCAAAGGUCAGCAAGGAGCUCAAGGACCUCAUCCUGAAGAUGCUCGACAAGAAUCCUGAAAUGAGAAUUGGGGUGCCGGAUAUCAAGUUGCAUCCUUGGGUGACCAAGAAUGGGGAGGAGCCCCUUCCCUCAGAGGAGGAGCACUGUAGUGUGGUGGAGGUGACUGAGGAGGAGGUGAAGAACUCAGUGAAGCUCAUCCCCAGCUGGACCACGGUGAUCCUGGUUAAGUCCAUGCUGAGAAAGCGUUCCUUUGGGAACCCAUUUGAGCCCCAGGUGCGGAGGGACGAGCGGUCCCUGUCUACUCCGGGAAACUUCCUGCCGAAAGAUGGGUGUGGCGAAUUGGGCAAGAGCCCAGAGCUCCCCGGCGUCCGAGAAGACGAGGCUGCAUCCUGAGCGCCUGCAUGCACCCAGGGCCGCCCAGCAGCACGCCCAUCCUGCACCUCCAAAGGCCCACUGCCCCCGUGCCGACAGUCGCCCCUGCAGGCAGGGGGCUGGGAACUGGGCCCCCUCCCUGCCCCCGGGCCCCUGUCGUGCUGCAUGACUUCUGUGCGCGUGUCCAGGGACAGGAGUGGAAUGUGUGUCCUCUGGGUUUGGGGACAGCGCUCCCACAAGGCCUUUCUCCUCAUCCUCGCUCUCCCUUCCAGGACCCAUCCUGUGGGGAAGAGAGGUACCUGUGGUGCCUUAGAGACCCCAUCGAGCUAGCAAGGCCCAGGGGCAGGAGGCAGGACACCAGGAUGGCAGGUAGUGGCCUGGCUUACCACCACUGCAGAGACCUCCCACGGGGGGCUGGGCAGGCCUGGCUCUGCUGCCGCACGCACAAGGCAGAGUGUUCCCUGCCCACCCCAGGCAGGUGCUGCCAGAGCUCUUUUCUACUAAGAACACUAACAUGGAGGCUCUGCCCUUGAUGGGUAAUUCAGGGCCUCACCGAGGCAGGGGCUAGUAUUGGGGAAUUCAGAUUCCUUUUUUGUUGUCUUUUACUUUUGUUUUUAACUCGGGAGGGGGGUUGCACAGCCCUGCUUGGGAACAUCUGAUGAGCUCUCCUACGGCUUUGGGUAGUUCCCAGCACAGCCCAGCAACAUUUGACAGCCAAGAGAACUGGACUAACCUUUUAGGAUUGCGUUUCACACUUGGCAUUGUCUGGAGGAUGGACUAAACUAAAGCUCUGAGCAGAAGCCUGAACCAGGGGCAUUAUACCUUCCCUGCCCACCUCACUCCCUCCCUUCAUGGCUUCCCAGAACCUGCAGAAGAGGCACAAGGGGCCAACAUUGACUAAGGGCCCUGGACUCACAGGGCGGUGGCCUCGCAGACACUGAAGUAGCAGGAAUCCCGGAAUCUACACUGGCCUAUCCGUCUGGCCCCAGAAGCUGCCCUCACAUUCCUACGAUGAAGGACAAGCUGCCCAGGUUAGAGGCAGUGCUAGAAAUGGGACCCUCGUGGGAUGCACACAUUGGCAGGUGGCCACGGAGAGGUGGGCCUUCCACCACUGCCUCACCCUCAGGACAGUCGCCAUUCAGCCUGCUUGGAGCUGGAGUGCUGGGGCAGACUUAUUCUUCCUCUGCCUCUGGGACCCGGCUGGCUGGCGUGGUGUUUACUGACCGAGUGCUCGAGAUUGAGCCCCUAGAGGAAAAUAAAGCAGGACUCAGAUACCUCCCCUGAAAACAUGGGCCAAACAAGGAUUUCAGUCACCUGCGUGGGUUCAUAUUGCAGGAGGACUUGUACUGGGAAGGGAAGCUGGGCUGGAGGAGUGCCCACCUCCCACACAUCUCUGUGCCUGUGGGUGUACAUUUGCGCCUGCACGCACACACAUGUGCGUGCCCAUCUGCUGCACACAGCACACUUGCAUGUCUUGCACUGGCACGUGCAUCUGUAAUAUAGUUUCUUUGUCUAUUUAAGGCUAUGAGCAGAAUGUGGCCCAUUAUUAAUGGGUCUACAUUUUUCCCUGGCUCCUCUGCACUAAAGCAUUAUAAGCCAGGGCUUAAAAAAUAAUUCGGUACUGUUUUUAAGAACACUUUUAUAGAGUUCAUGGGAGGCUAAUCAUAGAUCUGCAAGUUUUUCUUGAGCAUCCCUGCACUGGGGUCUGGAGGGUAGGGGUUUCAGGGGGCUACAUCUAUUGGACCUGCCCUAGCAGAGCUCAAAAGGUGGGUCUGGUUUCAUUUCUCCUUUCAGAGUGAAGAUGGGGUGCUUACCCCAUCAUUGAGGGUUUUGGUUGGCACCAUUAAUUUCUAAUGUAGCACAAGUGAUGAACAAACUCCACAGGAGUGUUUUAGAAAUUAACUUCCUGGAAGUGAGUUCAAAAUAAUAAAAGCCCUUUCUUGAGUUAAAA